AAGACAAAAACUACAAUAAUUGUACUGAGAAUGGAGUAAUAUUAUGGCUGAUGUCAAGUUUUAGCGAAAGAAAAGUUACCUGGCGUUUAAGUAACACCAACAAUUGAAUUUAUAAUUUGAAGAAGAGAAAACCUAAUGCUUAAGUUAAUAAGAGAAUUAUAGAAUAGAGAAGAGUUCAAAGGUGUAUGGACAGAAACUAAAAUAAGCAUUUACAAAAACUUAAUCUACCAAUUUUCACUAUGACCGUGUAAUUCUUUGUCUGCAUAUAUAUUUUUAUCAUUAGACAUGAUGUUCUGCCCACCCAUUGAAACAUAUGUCCGCAGAACAUGACUUUGCCAACAAAUUUUAUUGUGUUUACAAGAAAAGUGGUCGCUAGACAAAAAUUCUUGUAGUAAAAGUCAGGUAUAGUCUUCUAUUACUGCUAUAUAUCGCUAUGUGGGUAUUAUAAGAAAAGCAUGAAGUGGGAGUGCUUGAGUUUCCCAGGGCUUAUAGUAAAUUUUGUCUGUCCAUAUAGUCCAAAGAAAAAAAGGUCCAAAACUAGGUAACCUUUAAUUUUUUCAAUUAUAAUUAGUUUCAAUAGAAAAUAAUGUUCUACGUACUUCUACAUAUCUUUAACUAAGACUUAAAAACGUCCUAUUAGUUGACUUAAAUUCAUAAUCCCAUCCCUCAUUUCCUACUUCUCAUCUCUUAUUUAUUCACUUCUUUCUGCUCCAAAAAACAAAUAGAAAAACAGCCCAUUUUCAGAAAACUUCUUUUCUCAUCCAUUAAUUUUCUAAAAGAACCCACCAGGAUUUCCCUUUUCUUUAACUUUUUUAUCCUUUUUUCUGUGAGAGAAAUGGAGGGAGGAACUCAUGGAAGCAGCAGUGAUGGUUCUUCAGGUUUUAGAGAAAGCUUUUCUUUGCCUUGGAAAAAUCCCUUCGUUCUUCGUCUUGCUCUUUCUGCUGGAAUUGGUGGCUUUCUUUUUGGCUAUGACAUUGGAGUAAUUUCUGGGGCUCUUCUUUACAUUAGAGAUGAUUUCAAAUCUGUGGAUAAAAGUACUGUUUUACAGGAAACAAUUGUGAGCACGGCAAUCGCAGGUGCAGUAAUAGGAGCAGCAAUUGGAGGAUGGAUGAAUGAUCGAUAUGGUAGACGAACUGUAAUUCUCAUGACAGAUGUUCUCUUCUUCAUUGGAGCUGUGUUCAUGGCAACUUCACCCGCCCCUUCCCUUCUCAUUGUUGGUCGAGUUUUCGUCGGUCUUGGAAUCGGUAUGGUUUCCAUGACUUCCCCUCUCUACAUCUCUGAGGCUUCCUCUCCAAGUAACCGUGGUGCUCUUGUCAACACUAUUGCCUUUCUCAUUCCUAGUGGUCAGUUACUUUCCUAUCUCAUCACCUUAGCUUUCGCCAAAGCACCGGGAACGUGGAGAUGGAUGCUCGGGGUUACUGCAAUUCUAGCUCUUUUGCAAUGUAUUUUAAUGUUCUUUCUACCUGAAUCACCCCGAUGGUUAUACCGCAAGGGGAGGAUAGAGGAGGCUGAAAGAAUACUUAGAAAAAUCUAUUCAGAAAAUGAAGUAGAAGGGGAGAUUAAAGAGCUUAAGGAGUCUGUUGAAGCAGAGAUCAAGGAAAAAGAGGGUUUUGAGAAGAUUAGCUUGAUCAUGAAAUUGAAAACCAAAACAGUGAGAAGGGGACUUUAUGCAGGGGUUGGACUCCAGAUUUUCCAACAACUUGUGGGUAUAAAUACAGUUAUGUACUACCGUCCUUCUAUAAUUCAAUUGGCUGGCUUUGCUUCUAAUGAGACCGCAAUUCUGCUUUCGCUGGUCACAGUUGUGCUCAAUGCAUUGAGCUCCAUUGUCAGCAUAUAUUGCAUUGAUAAAACAGGCAGGAAAAGACUUCUAAUCAUCAGCUUAUUAGGCGUCAUCAUCUCUCUUGGCAUUCUAUCAGUAGUUUUUCAUGAAACAACAUCUCAUCCUCCAUUAGUGAGUAUUACAAACACUCCAUUUAAAGCUUAUACCUGCCCUGACUACAGUUUUGUCAGCAAUUCUGCUUCUUGGGAUUGUAUGAAGUGCUUGAAAUCCUCAUCUCCAAAUUGUGGUUUUUGUGCUUUAGGAGCAAACAAGCUUUUCUCUGGGGAAUGUUUGGUUGCAAAUGAUACAGUGAAGCAUUUAUGUCAUAAUUACAAUAGAUUAUGGUACACAAGGGGAUGCCCCAGCAGAUUUGGGUGGCUUGCACUCCUUGGUCUUGCUCUCUACAUUGUAUUCUUCUCUCUAGGAGUAGGACCUGUUCCAUGGCUUGUGAAUGCUGAGAUUUAUCCUUUAAGGUGUCGUGGAGUAUGUGGAGGAAUAGCAGCCACUGCAAAUUGGAUCUCAAACCUUGUUGUUGCUCAGUCUUUCUUAUCCUUAACCCAAUCAAUUGGGCCGUCAUGGACAUUCUUAAUAUUUGGAUUGAUUUCAGUAGUAACAAUUUUGUUUGUCCUCACAUGUGUGCCUGAAACAAAGGGCGUUCCAAUUGAGGAGAUAGAGCAAAUGCUUGAAAAGAGGGCUUUACAUUUCAAGUUCUGGGAGAAAAGGGCUGAUCUUUAGGACAAAACUCAAGCUGGCUGAAAGAUCAUUACCAAAAGUAAAUGUUAUACGACUUGUAUUUAUGCAAAAGUACUGUUUGGAUUCUAUAGGCUCUGUGGGGUUAUUUAUUAAUGGUGUCAAUAGAUGGUAUCGUGUGCCGAUUGAAGCAAAACUUUGUGGCUAUCUAUCACCUUUUAAAUAAAUCAUUUAUUUUUUCA